AUACAAGUCCGCAAGUCAAUACAUUAUACACACAGAAAACCUUGAAAAGCUCAGGGUUUUCGGCUCAGGAGCAUACUCAAACUUUCGCAAGCCGCAGAUAGAAUCAGACUAUCAGUCACAAGUCGUGUCGGUGUUGACAAUAUUUGGUAUCCUGUGAUUAAUAUGAACAUCUUUUGUCAUUUGAUACCAUGUGAAAUAGCCAUCUGGGCUUGUGAAUCUCCAAAAGUGAACUGUAAAAUUCUGGGAUUUUACUUAAAUUUUUUAGAGGUGAUUAAUUUCUUGGGAAAGCUGCUACACAAGCACCACAAAUUUAGUUCUCUGAUUGAGUUUUUUUUGGAUCUUCUUUCGUUGAGAUUACUAUCAGUGUGAGAUUUCUAGAGGUGCAAUAACCAUGUGCAUGCCAGAAGAGCCUCCUUGCUAUACACGUAGGUGGUAUUUCAGUGGAAAAGAAAUUGAAGACCAUUCCCCAUCCAGGAAGGAUGGAAUUGAUUUCGAGUAUGAGUCACAUUUGCGGAUGUCAUAUUGCAAAUUUAUUCAAGAGCUUGGCGAGAAGCUUAAACUGCCUCAGGUGAAAAUAGCAAGUGGAAUGAUGUUAUGCCACCGGUUUUAUAUGCAUCAAUCUCAUGCUAGGAAUGAUUGGCAGACAAUUGCCACUGCAAGCUUGUUUCUUGCUUGCAAAAUAGAGGAUACACCACGCAACCUGAAGGAUGUUGUUCUUCUGGCCUACGAGUUGAUGUAUGCAUGGGAUCCUUUAGCCUCGCAAAGAAUAAGAAAAGAACGUAAAGUUUAUGAUAAGCAGAAGCAGUUAAUCUUGGUUGGGGAGAGACUUCUGAUGUCAACAAUUGCUUUUGAUUUCGAUAUUCAACUUCCAUACAAGCCUCUUGCUGCAGCUCUGAAGAAAUUGGAGCUUUCUGACCUUGCAAAAGUAGCAUGGAAUUUUGUGAAUGAUUCGCUUCGGACAACGUUGUGCUUGCAGUACAAACCUGAUUAUAUUGCAGCUAGUUCCAUCUUCCUUGCUGCCACUGCUUUAGAAAAGAUGGAACUGCUUGCAAAGAAGAAGAAGUUUUGGUGGCUGGAGUUUGAAGUUUCCCCAAAACAGUUAAAAGAGGUCGUACAGCAGAUGACAUUCAAGUUGGUAAAGCAAGAUAGAAAACAAGCGCCACCAACUGCAAAUGGGAGGAUCACUCAAUCUAAAGCUGUAGUUGAGAAGGCUGUGGAUAAUAGCCCUCAAACAUGCGUGUCCAGUGGAUCGAUGGCUGAUUACACCUCUAGCCAUAAGAUCCUGGUGGACGCUGGAAGCUUGAAGUCUAAUAGCAAUCAGGAUCUGGAAAGAGGUCACAACUGUCUUACUGUGAAAGGUGGUUUACCAUGUCAGAUGGGUGAUUGUGGCAGUGCUAAUAGUGUUGUUGUAGAUGGUGAUGGUCAGAUUGGGCCAAAAUCAGUGGAACCUGAUCGGAAGUCGAGCUACAAGAGUAAGAUUGACGCUAACCGGAUCAGACAGGCAUUGAAAAGGAGGAGAUCCGACGCAGCUGGAAAUAUGAAGUUAUCGGAAGCCAUAAAUGCUGAGAUAGAUUGCGAGGCUUGGAUAGAGAGAGAGCUGGAAAAUGGAAUAGAGAUGGGAUAUUCCCCUUUAGUGAAGAAACAAAGGGAAGAUGUGAGUUUUGAACUUAGAAUUGGGGUUUCGUGAUGCUACUUACAUCUUGCUCAGUGUAUUUUGCAUGAGUGACUGUCCUAUUAAGAAAGGGAUGUCACCACGAUUUGUAAAUCAUAUCAAAUAAAGUUUAUAUUGUUCUUGCUAAUUCUUUAUGUUGA